AUGUCCUUGCGAAUCAAGUGCCCUGGCUUCAUGGCAAUGUAUUCUGAUAUUCUGGAACCUGAUCACAAUGUCUGGGUUGACGGACAAAUCUUACGCAGGGUUUCAAACGUUUUAUAUCUCCACACUCCUAUUAUUGCCCCCUGCGCUCACAUCAAGGAUAAGCAAUGGAACAGUUGCUUGUAG